AUUUGUGCUUCAAGGAAUAAUUAUUUUAUUUUGACUCCAGCAGUUGGCACUGGCCAAAGUGAUUUCCGAGGGCACUCGAUGUAUGUCCCAGAUCACAGUUCCACACUAGGGCGACUAGACAGCUAUCGCUCUGCUAUGCAGCGGUCUGAAACCAAGGACACCAGCUGCCAAACUGAAGAAGUUAAAGUUGUGCCUCCUUCAAUGAGAAGAAUACGAGCACAGAAAGGACAAGGCAUUGCAGCUCAGAUGUCUCAGUUCUCCAGCUCAUCUGGAAACAUGUCUGUGAUGAGUGAUUCUGCUGCAGUUAUAUUUGCUUCUCGCCAGAAUAGUGACAUAGGUUUUCACAGCUUGCCUCGGGCUGGUGCAAGAGUGUCUCUGCAGUCCUUAGAACAGACCCAGAGCAUCUCCAGACAGACAGAAGACAUUGCUGGCACUUUGCCCCACCAGAUAAGUAAACUGCAAGUGGAUGAUGAUGUUGUGCAUCUGAGAAAUAAUGCCACAACAGGAACUCUUUCGAGGCCAAAGUCUCAAGAGGUAAGAAGUUAUGACAGCGAAAAGUCUACUAGCCCAGCAUGUGUAGUCUCUCCUCAUGCCACCUACUCAACAAGUGUCAUACCCAAUGCAACACUGUCAUCCUCCUCAGAAGUUAUUGCUAUUCACACUGCCCAGAGCACUGGAUCGCUGGAUAACAAAAUGAGCAGUUCUACUGUGUACGCAAAGCCAAGAGACAAUCCUGUUGCCAACAAUGCAAUAAGUGGGAAAGAAGAUCACCAUUCUUCAAGUGGUAACUGGAGUGAGAGUAGCUCCACACGUCACUCACAGACUUCAGAUACUAUCCCAUCUAAUACUGUCAUGUUUCUUUCUCUUGGUGACUCUGCUGUCUCUCUGAGCACUCCUGGAAACGUAGAGGCUGGUUCUCAGAGUGUGAACUACAGCUGUAGAAGCAAUCUUGCUUUACCAAACCAGUCCCAGGACAGUGAUGGUAGGAGUGAAUCUAGCUACUCAGGGGAGCGAAUGCAAGGUGCAGUGAGCAGCUCAGAGCACUGGCUAUACAAGUCUGCAGAAAAUAGUGAGACUGCAUCAUGCAAGGUAGCUUGUACCACACCAGGCUGUGCCACUCCUGGCAGCAACCUUAGCAGCAGCAGCCUGGAGAGGACGUCAGUCAAAGAAGAUUCCACUUCUCUGUAUUCUGUAGACCAUGAUGGUUAUUACAGUUCUAUGAGCAUGGACUCUGGACUGAAGUCAGACAUGCCAUGCUAUAGUACUAAUGGUUUUGGGAAUCCCAGAGACAGUGUGAUUAAUGUCUUUGAAGCAAAGGAGAAGAAACAUCAAGAUGACCAGCCAGGCCAAGGUGAAAAAUCCCUUGCAAGAAACAUCUCUCUAAAGAAGGCAAAGAAGCCGCCUUUACCACCAUCUAGAACAGACUCACUCAGAAGGGUACCCAAGAAGAAAGCUCAGUCCAAUGGACAGGUACUUGAUGAAACCCUCAUUGCCACCCUCCAGCAUUCUCUUCAGUUGAAUCUCAAGUGCAAAAAUGGCAGCUCCCCUUCCCAGAGCCCCUGCAGUGACUAUGAAGAUCCCUGGGUGUUGCGCUCUCGCAGCCAAAGCUCAGUCAGUGCAAGCAGCAGCAUGAUGUCCACUACUGCCCCAAACCUGUACUCCAUUUGCACAGUCACUCCCUCUCAGAGUGAAACAAGCAGCAUCAAGUCGGAGUAUGCUGACCAGUGGGGUUACUACAGUGACUAUGGUGCAGUGGCAGAUGACCAGAUGAAGUCUCCAGUGACCCAUUCUGCCAGUACCUCUUCUGCUCUCAGUGAUUACAGCAUCAGCCACUUCAGUGAUGGCUCAAGGGCUUCUGUGCCACAAGUGCCCACUGGACUGGCCAAACCAAAGAGCACUUCUCCAGAGAAGUCCCACCGAGUCACAUCACCAUCCAGUGGGUACUCCAGCCAAUCCAAUACACCCACUGCACUUACUCCAGUGCCUGUGUUUCUAAAAUCUGCGUCAUCAGGAAAUGGGAAAUCCAAGCUGAAACCUAAAGUGCCUGAAAGGAAAUCUUCUCUUCUGUCUUCAGUCUCCAUUUCUUCAUCCUCCACUUCUCUUUCUUCAAAUACUUCUACUGAAGGGAGUGUGAGUGUGAAGAAAUUGGAACCCCCGAGUUCUCCUCCAGAUUCUGGUGCACCUCCUCCUCCACCUCCUCUUCCAGCACCUCCUCCACAUUGCCUUGAGCUCUCUCCUCCCUCUUCCCCUCCUCCUCCUCCAGCAGAAGCUGUGGAUCUAUCACCAUUGCCAGCUUCUCCCACAUUUCCCCCCCCUCCACCAGAAGCCGACGUAAAUUCUUCCUUUGCUCACAGUGUCCAGUGGUUACCCCAAGAAGCUUCCAUCAGUUCAUACUCCUCCCCUGUUCCUCCUCCUCCUAUUUUCCCUUUAGUUGUCCCACCACCAGCACCACCUCUUGAUCCCAAACUGACAAAAGGUGCAAUGAUAUGCCCGCAGUAUUCAUUUAAGAAAUACGAUCAGGAAGAUUCUUGCUACAAUGCUGUGAAACAGCCAUUCAGCAAGCAAGAUGCAUCAAGACCUGUGAUGCCCUUAGUAACCACCAAAGCAUUGCAAAUGGUGCAGCUGAGGUCUAUCAAAAAAGCAACAGAAGGGGACUCGUCACCUGAAUCUGCUUCUGAAACCAUUUCUCAGGAAAAGGGUGUUGUAAGCUCAUCAUCACAGUCUUCCCUAAGGCCAUCACUCUCACUAAGACUCAGUAACAGCUUAGGUGAAGAGGAGAUGAAGAUUCAUGGCAAUUCAUUUAAAAACUCACCUCAAACACUGGCUCAGACUUCUCCUCUGAUGCUCUCUGACAACAUGCCCAAGCUUGAGAGCGAUCAAAAUUCUGCAGUUACCACGGGUCUAAACAAGUCUUUGGAACCGGAUUCCCUAGGGUCAGCUCCAGAAGCCACACCUAGGUCCCCAGUGCGGAGUGAAGACUUCCAUUCUGGCAUGCCACUGCAGGGGUCACCAGCAUCUCCAGACAAGACUCAGGUCAUUUUGCCAAACAAGAAGCCACCUCCCAUUUCAAAGAAACCCAAACUGUUCCUCGUUGUACCACCUCCACAGUUAGAUCUCACAGUGGAGAAAAUAGCUGAAGUGAGUGAUACUGUCAGAUGCACAUCAAGCCCGACUAAGAGAGACGCUGUACUUACACACUGCGAGGAGGCGAGAAAUUGCCUUACAGAUGGACUCAGCUCUAGCAAGAUGGACUCUGGCAGCCUGGUUCCUGAGGGAGGAGCUGCCGGAGUCACCUUCUCUGAAGCAGUGGGAGCUGGUGCCUUUGUGGUACAGCCCGCUGCAUCACCAGUUCAAGAGGAGCCCAGGCAAGAGGAGCAAUCGGCUUUUGAUGAAGGAAGCAGCUCAGGCAGCAGCCAAGACAGUGGCAGUAAUACUGAAGUACACCUGUCUCAGGAGAACGAAAGUGCCGAGGUGUUUGAAUCAGAAACAGCAAGUAGUUCAUUCCUGCCAAGCAAUAAUUAUGGGGAAGAGACGGACGGAGUGGCAACACCAGCGAGACCGAGGACUACUGAGGAUCUUUUCGCAGCCAUUCACAGAUCCAAAAGGAAAGUCCUUGGCCGUAAAGAUUCUGAGGACGAUCGUACCCGCAACCAUUCUCCUUCACCCCCCGUAACACCCACUGGUGCUUCCCCAACCUUAUCUACCCUCAAACAGGCAGGAUCUAUUCAGAGAAGCGUUCGCAAGAGCAGCACCAGCAACGACAACUUCAAAGCCCUGCUGCUGAAGAAAGGGAGUCGCUGUGACACCAGUUCCCGCAUGUCAGCAGCAGAGAUGUUGAAGCACACGGAUCCACGGUUCCAUCGAGCCAAGGCGGAUGCCUCUCCUGACCUCUCCGACAGCCCUGCCAGCUGCUCACCCAGCAAGAGCAAACGGGCCCAAGAGGAGUGGGCCAAGAGUGAGGGCCUGAUGCCGAGGAGCAUGUCCCUCUCCAGCACUAGGUACGGCCGAUCACGAACACCACCCUCUGCUGCCAGCAGCAAGUACAAUGUUCGCAACCGCAUCCAGAGCAGCCCCAUGACUGUGAUUAGCGAAGGAGAUGGGGAAGUGGUGGAGCAGUCAGAGAGCAGGGCCCAAAGGACUUUGGAUGAGCAGCAAGAGAGGCAGCUUGAUGUAUUUAACAGUGAUGAAAUAGACAUGAGUGACUUUUCGUAUUCUGAGGAGCCAGACUGCAAGGAGACCUUGGAUCCAACUCAUCUGGACUUAAUGACUCAGCCGGGUACUUCGAGGAAGUACCUAAGUCCUUCAGCUGAAGAAAGUUAAGAGGCAGUGACAGAUGGCGUUGGAUAUUAGUCUAGAAAAUGACAAAGGACUAGAUUCCAGAAGAAAGCCCAGAUCAGGACAAGUUUACUUCGCUGAGCAUUUACUCCAUGAACUGCAUGUGUGUGUUUAAAUGCUGAAGCAACGGUAGUUCUGCAUGGUUGGGGUGGGGUGGGGAGGACUUGCUUUGAAUGAGUGGUCUGUGGCUUAAAGAAAUUAACAGCUGAAACUGUUGUGUGAAGCCUUAGAAGUCCUCUUGGGGGCGGGAGUAGGGGAGUUUUCUCAGAGCCUGUAGGGGUGUGAAGUUUUUCUUUUUCUUGAGACUGCAAUUGUGCAAGUAAAAUUUAAAAAUAAGCCUGCUAAAGAGGAAGAGGAAGGCUUCUGUGGUAUAAGAUGGACAUCUGCUUGAAAAGCAUUGUUAGUGCAGUGUAGUGCAUUUGUUAAGCAGAGAGGUAGGAUGAGGAUCCUGUGGAAGGUAGUAGGGUUGGUGCUGGGGCCACGUGGCUUCUUAUCCAGGUAUGUCCCAGCAUUAGAUGAAGUGUGUCCUGCUAAUGCCAGUAGGUCACCAUGUUAGAAUUGGUCCAGGGUACUUUGUUUUUUCCUGAGGGAAAAUGGAACACAAGUUGACGUAGAUAAAGGGAGCCAAGUUUUCUAACUCAGCACUGGCUGCUAUGCAGCCACACACAUACACUUGGGGAAACACUCAUUUCCAGGUGAACUGCUUCCUUGGCCGGAGUAUUCCCUUAGAGAACUGGAACAACUGGAUAUGUGCAGAGGAUAUGAGCAGACAAGGGAAGUGGGAAAGGAAUUAAGCAGUAUACUGCCAGAGUUUGGAACGGUUAAGCUUCUGAAUUCUAAAAUAGAAUUUGAGAACUUGCACUACAGGUCUGUAGGUGAAGCCUAUCUUUCAGAAUUGAAACUUGGGAGUUACGUUUUGCCAGAAGUCUUUCUUCCAUUUGUCAAAACGGAAGAGCUAUUACUUUUCAUCACUUGAAAUAUGAAUACUUGCUAACUUUUGGUUACCAAAGAAUAAGUUACAGUUACUUUCCUUUUUGAUUUGCCUGCAGUAUUUCUUUUCUUUUUUAACCUUAAUAAUUUAGUGAAGUUCGUUUUUAUUGUGUAUUUUACAGAUAAUAAAAACAUUUAACGGUUUUCCAAUUGUAAAGAAGACCAUUAAUUGAAACUGAAAUAUUGGCUGGAGUUUUUGGUUCUUAGUAGGAAUUAAGGUUUUAACUUGUAAGAAGAAUUCUGCAUCGUUUGAUGGCGUGAGCAGUUUUGUAUUGUUUGUAAAUAUUGAAAGUUGUUAAAAUAUCUUUUGAUCUCCCUACUGUAGAAUUUAUACAUUUUUAGAUUGCUUUUAAAAAGAAAAAGCACUCUUUGUAGAUUAUUUAUUUUAGAGAAAUAUGCUUGUAAUCUCUUUCUUCAUUCCUUUACUUGUUAGUAAUGUAAAUUUCAGGGGCCUUUGUUUAACUCUUCCCUUCUCAAGAGGGGAAUAGUGAUGAAAAUGCUGUGACUUUGCUUCAAUAAAGAAGGCGGCUGCCAGUUGCCAUAUUGUCUUUUGAGUUGAUUAAAAUCUCCUUCAAAAGA